AUGACAUCUAUUUUAACUGACUCCAGUAAAUCCAUGAGGACUGACAGGAAUACUUAUGUUGGAAAUAGGUUUGUCCACAUUAAAAACCCUCACCUGGAUUCUAUGGAUGAAGACAUCCUUUACCAUUUGGAUUUAGGAACAAAGACACAUAACCUUCCAGCCAUGUUUGGUGAUGUAAAGUUUGUCUGUGUUGGAGGGAGCCCCAACAGAAUGAAAGCUUUUGCGCUGUUUAUCCACAAAGAACUUGACCUUGAAGGAAGUGAGGAGGAUAUACGAGACAUUUGUGCUGGGUCAGACAGGUACUGCAUGUAUAAAACGGGUCCAGUGCUCUCCAUCAGUCACGGCAUGGGCAUCCCUUCCAUUUCAAUUAUGCUGCAUGAGCUCAUCAAACUUCUUUACCAUGCAAAGUGUUGUGAUGUGACAAUCAUCCGCAUUGGCACAUCAGGAGGAAUAGGGAUUGAACCUGGGUCUGUUGUUAUAACAGACACAGCUGUAGAUUCCUUCUUUAAGCCCCAGUUUGAGCAGAUAAUCCUGGACACUGUGGUUACUCGAAGUACAGAGCUCGACAAGGAACUGGCCCAGGAGUUAUUCAAUUGCAGCAAAGAAAUUCCAGGCUUUCCUACACUCAUUGGCCAUACAAUGUGUACCUAUGAUUUCUAUGAAGGUCAAGGACGUCUGGAUGGAGCAUUGUGCUCUUUUUCCAAUGAAAAAAAGCUUGAUUAUUUACAGAGAGCUUAUAAAGCUGGCAUCAGGAAUAUUGAAAUGGAGUCAACUGUGUUUGCUGCCAUGUGUGGACUUUGUGGGCUAAGAGCUGCUGUUGUCUGUGUUACCCUUCUCAACAGACUUGAAUGUGACCAGAUCAACUUGCCCCAUGAAGUGCUACUAGAAUAUCAGCAACGCCCUCAGCAUCUGAUCUCAAUCUUCAUUAAAAAGCACCUUGGACAACAUAACCUGAAGUAA